UUAGAGAUUGUUGCCACCCAACAACUAAGCCCAAAAAAUAAAAGAAAGAAAGAUAGAAGGAAAGAGAAACAUUAAAAACUCUCCUGUCAAAAUCCCGUUGUGCCUCGUCUUAUCGUAGUUGGUCGAUGAGUUGGUUUGUCUCCAAAACUUGUGAAUAAAAAAAAGAAGGAAAGAUUCAACGGGUUGUUGGUGACCGAGGUUUUGUAUCUAAGAUUGUUGCUCGGAACGUCCUGUUAAUCGAAUUAAGAGUCGGACAAACCAGAUGACUAGUUCUGGCUUUUCGAGGGUGUAUGCUGCUGAUCUUUGACAUGGGAAAGGAGGGUUCGGUUCGAAAUCUAUACCACCCAAGCCAUGUGGAUGGUUCCACCAAUGCUAAGGCUUCUUGGACGAAGAAGAAUUAUCAGGGUAGAUAUGUUUCUCCGGCAAAUGCUUUACUUGUUCACGGUAUGAAGAAUGAGCCUGCCUCUUUUGGGACGUCCAAGGCCACGCCGUGCAUGAAGAGGCAAAUGGUUAUAUGCAAGCAUUUGAGAAUGGUUGCUUUUGUCGUUGGGUUGAUGUGCUCUUUCUUUAUCCUUGAUUCCCUGAUGCUCACUGUUAUUCAUCACAUUAGUUUUCGUAGUGGCCCAGGUCCGAGAAAAUCAAAGGUGCUACAGGAUGUCCGGAGUAGAUUUGAUGACAUGGAGAAGGCUGAAAAGAUAAUGUAUGGGCGUCUUAUAUCUUUGGCUUCCACUGCUCUUGCAAAGAAUGAGUUUCAACAUGGUUCAUUUGCACAAUGGAAGGAGCCAGAACAAGCAACCACAUGGAGACCUUGUGCUGAUAGACAUAAUCUGGUUCAUCAGGAGCAUGCCAAGAAACAAACAGGCUACAUAUUGGUGAGCGCAAAUGGUGGUUUGAACCAACAACGAGUUGCUGUGUGCAAUGCUGUUGCUGUUGCUGCUCUACUCAAUGCCACUCUGGUUCUUCCUAAAUUUCUUUACAGCAGUGUUUGGCAGGACACUAGCCAGUUUGGUGAUAUAUAUCAAGAAGAGUAUUUCAUAAAUUAUUUGAAGGAUGACGUAAAUAUUGUGAAAGAGAUGCCUUCUCAUCUGCAGUUACUUGACAUUGAAGCAAUUGGUAGCCAAAUCACCGAUAUGGAUAUUAUGAAAGAGGCUAAACCCAUGUAUUUUGUCAAAGUUGUACUUCCUCUCCUGCUAAAAAAUGGUGUUGUUCAUUUCCUUGGAUUUGGAAAUCGCCUUGCAUUUGACCCAUUACCUUCCAAUCUGCAGAAACUAAGAUGCAAAUGCAAUUUUCAAGCAUUAAAGUUUGUGCCUAGAAUUCAGGAAAUUGGUUCUUUAUUGGUCAGAAGAAUUCGCAAGUAUGAGUCAGGGUUGACUGAGUUGGACAAGCAUUUACUUGGAAGCUAUAUGCCCAACACCCCUACUAAAGGGCAUAAUGUUUCUGGAGGACCAGCCAGAUAUCUUGCUUUACAUAUGAGGUUUGAAAUGGAUAUGGUGGCAUACUCUUUGUGUGAUUUUGGCGGUGGUGAAAAGGAGAGACGAGAAUUGCAAGCAUAUAGGGAGAUCCACUUUCCUACGCUCCUCAUGCGAAUCAGAAACGACUCCAUUUCUCCAGAAGAAUUAAGGAAUUUGGGAAGAUGUCCACUGAUGCCAGAAGAAGCAGCACUCAUGCUUUCUGCCCUUGGUUUUAAACGUGAAACCUACAUCUAUCUUGCUGGAUCUCAAAUUUAUGGAGGUCAAUCCAGAAUGCUUCCAUUCACCAGGCUCUAUCCAAAUCUGAUUACGAAAGAAGAUCUUCUCUCUUCAAGUGAGCUUGGUCCUUUCAGAAAUUUUUCUUCUCAGUUAGCAGCACUGGAUUUCAUAGCCUGUGCAACUGCUGAUGUGUUUGCGAUGACCGACUCUGGAAGCCAGCUUUCAUCUUUGGUUACAGGGUUCCGCACUUACCAUGGCAGGGGAAAUGCUCCAACAUUGAGGCCCAAUAAGAAGCGGUUUGCCAAAAUUUUGUCGGAGAAUAGAACCAUACAAUGGCAUGAGUUUGAAGAGAGAGUGAGGAAGAUGAUCGAAGAAAAUCAGAGAGUAAUUGCCAGGCGUAGAGGUAGAAGUAUUUAUCGGCAACCAAGAACUCCAGGGUGCAUGUGUGAAGCCCCUAACAGGAUCACCUCAACAUUGUUGUGAAAUUUUGCAUAUAAAUAAAUUGUGUCCUUCACUA